AGCUCUGUUUUUUAUUUUAUUUUCCCGUUCUGAAAAACCCCAAAUUUUGAUUUCCUUUUUUUUUUUUUUGGUAAAGGCGAUACAAAAUCGUCUUUUGAAUUUGCUUCGUUUAUGACCUGUUCAAGUAGAGGAACGAUCGUAAUUGCUACUCUAAACCCAUUUCUAAGGUUACCCAUCAAACAAUCUUCCGGAUUUCAUGUAAACCGGACUCGAAUUCGAAAUGAUCUCUCCAUCAGUGUCGUAGCUAUUCCACCAUCAUCAUCAGUGUCGGUGGACACGAUGAUGCCAAUGAUGAGAUUAAGAAGAUCAUCACAGAAGAAGAGCAAGAGGAACAUCGGUUGCGGUGUUUCCCCUUCUUCUUCGACGACGACGACGAAGACGGUGGUUGAUGAAGAAGUGGCUGUGAGACGGGAUUUGGCUAUGAGGCGGGUUUUGGAGGAUAACGGUGGCGAUGGAAGCUCCGUCAGAGAUUUCUCGCUAUUCACGUCCAAGAGAGGUGACACGUUGUUCACUCAGUCAUGGACACCUGUUGACUCUUCUAAGAUCAGGGGACUUGUUGUUCUGCUACAUGGUCUGAACGAACACAGUGGCAGGUAUAGUAAUUUCGCAAAGCAGCUAAAUGCUAUAGGAUUCAAGGUCUAUGGGAUAGAUUGGAUCGGUCAUGGUGGAAGCGAUGGACUUCAUGCUUACGUUCCUUCUCUUGAUUUUGCUGUCGCUGAUUUGAAAUCGUUUCUUGAGAAGGUAAUUGCAGAAAACCCGGGAUUGUCCUGUUUCUGUGUUGGCCAUUCAACAGGAGGAGCCAUUAUUUUAAAGGCUAUGCUAGAUGCAAAGAUCGAAGCUAGAGUUUCAGGGAUUGUGCUAACUUCACCCGCUGUUGGAGUCCAACCAUCUCAUCCUAUCUUCGGCAGGCUUCCUCGUCGGAUAAGUCGAUCAAGCUGUUCGACGGGUUGCUACAUGAUCUGCUCUUUGAACCAGAACGGGAAACUAUCGCUGGAGUCAUAUUGGAUUGGCUACACAGGCGGGUUUAAAUUGCUCAAACCAAAUGUAGCAGUUCCUUACUCCUUCUAGUAAAGAGGGAAAUGCGAGGAAGAAAGACCUAGUAAGAGUUGCCCUGUUUCGUAGGAAUAAUGAUCUCGACACCAUUUUGUAUCACGCACAUUUUAAUUGUAAUGAAUAUACAUACGAUUUUGUAACAAUGCAAGUGCUUAUCGUA